AUGCAUUUUGUAUCAAAUGAGGAAAAACAGGAAAAUUGUUUGCGUCUAAAGACCACUAUUAUGAGUGUUAAGUGGUUAGCUCUUCAAGGUUGUUCCUUUAGAGGCCAUGACGAAUCUCCAUCUUCACUGAAUAGUGGGAAUUUUAUUGAAUUAGUGGAUGCAUUUGCAAAAAUCAAUAUUGAAGUAGGAAAAGUUGUGUUGAGUAAUACUCCCAAAAAUACUACAUACACGUCUCCAGACAUUCAAAAAGAAAUUUUGAGCAUUAUAGCCAAUAGAGUGGGACAAGGAAUUCGUACGAAAAUUGGGGAUGCAAAGUUUAGUAUUCUUGUUGAUGAAGCACGAGAUGAAUUUUCACGAGAACAAAUGGCUAUUAUCCUGAGCUCUGUAAAGAGUUUGAUUGAUAUGUAUACUGCAACUUGCAAGGUGCUUGAGUAUCUUAGUGAUCGUUCUCCAAGUACAAGAUCUCGGUCCGAAAUUGGUGGUGUAUACAAAACCAUAACAACAUUUGAAUUUGUAUUUAUCUUACAUUUAAUGCAUAGAAUAUUAGCAAUUGCGGAUGUUCUUUGUCAGUCCCUUCAAAAGAAAACUCAAGACAUCUUAACUGCUAUGAAAUUUGUCUAUACUACAAAAACUAUCUUUCAAAUAUUGAGAAGAGAUGGCUGGGAAGAAUUUCUUGAAGAGGUGAAAUGUUUUUGCUCCAAAAAUGAUAUACAUGUACCUGACUUUGAUGGCUCGUAUAUGGUUGGUCAUUCUCGUGGUCGUGAGUAUCCUACCACUGAACAUCAUUAUCACUUUGAUAUUUUCAAUGCAGCCAUUGACUUUCAAAUGAUGGAGUUAGAUACAAGAUUUAACGAGACAUCAAUAGAGCUCCUUUCUCUCAGUACAACUUUGGAUUCAAAAAAUUCUUUUGAAUCAUUAAAUAUGGAUAAUAUUUGCAAGCUUGCAGAGAAGUUUUAUCUUGAAGAUUUUAAAUAG